AUGGUAGCGCGUGGCCCUCCUAAGGCCAAGGCUGUGGGUUCGAGUCCCACAUCGUCAAGUGUGGUUACAAUUUCGAUUGUUAAAUUUUUGCGUUGGUGGAAAGGAUCUGCGGGGUUUCAAAAGCGAGACUUUUCAUCCCCUCGCGUCCUGAACUUUUAUGGAUACUCCGUGUUUCUUUCCUUCUCCGCCUCCGAACUGUUGCCCACUCUAUAUCUCAAUCGAGACACACUGCACGGCGAUUAUCUCUGCUAUCAUCGAACAACAAAACAUGCCGAGAACUGUACGUGUGGCUACACUGGCCAAAAUGGGCAACUCUGGAAAGCUAGUCCGGAAUUCCGUAGCAUGGCUCAACGCAACGCAACUCACCUCAAAACUAUGUCAACCACUGAAAUUCGACUAAUAUCCGAUAUUGGGCCGCAGUAUACCUACUUACAAUUAGUGGAUCGAAGCCAUUUGACACACAAUGUAAUAACACCCAAAUUUGCCCGCCACCAGAGAAACAAUGACCAAACUGGCACUAUCCACCCCUCUUACACGUCGUCAUCCCCACCACAAAGACUCCAAACUUCUCAUAUUAAUUCUCGGUUGGAACCUCUCCUUAACCUUAUCAUAAAUCCUAUCUCCCGCCUGCUGUCGCCUCAAUUCCAGUUCCAACUUUUAGCUACCCCCGCCUGCCAGCCCGCCUUACUUCUUAUCUCUGGGCCCUCCGGUCAAUCAGUCUCUGUGCCUUUCUAA